AUGACCCAGUAUCUCACAGCAGCAGCUGCGUUAUUCCCCGCUGCCAGCCGGGUAAGAAGAGAGGCAGAGGCAAACCCGGCCUUUCACCGCUCCAUUCAUGAUGUUAACCUUUUAUUUGAGAUCUUGUUGACUGGCACACACUUCGAGGCCAGCGGAAAGUUUUCAGUGCAGGACGCCGAGCUGGCUUCACUCCGCAAGGCGAGGAACCUGGAGGUCAUCUGUGAGGAGAUCAUUCCCCGGAAGUUCACAGACAUUUCUGAGCUCAUAGCAAACCUUUCCAAUCAUACAGGCCGUCUGCACCUGGAUGAUUUUGAGCGCACCUUGAUGACUCUGGUGUUCACCGCCCAGCAGAUGGUCGACUCCAACCAACAACAACGGGACAUGUGGGCGGAGUCAUUCGUUAGUUUGUAUAGAGCCAUCAAACUGGAUCUGAUGGAGGAAAACUGA